AUGUCCAUUUUCAAUGACGUCCAAAAAGAUGCCACAUUCGGUAUACACAAGGACCAAAAUAGUGGAAAUUGGUGGAUACUACUACAAGGUAUUCCCAUAGGAUAUUAUCCAAGUUCUCUAUUCACCCAAUUAUCAAAGACAACAACAAGUAUAGAUUUCGGUGGAGAAAUAUUUAAUGAGGGAUCUAAAGGACGACAUAUUACGAUUCAAAUGGGUAGCAGUCAUUUACCUUCGAAAGGAGGCUUCGGAAUAUCUAGUUUUUUCAAUCAUGUUCAAGUAAUUGAUGAAAAUAAUGAAGCAAAAGACCCCGAAGAUGUUAAGCUUGUCAUUUCGAAUCCAAAUUGCUACGAUUUGAAAAUUGACGACGAAAAUAAAAAUGGAUACGGUUUUUAUUAUGGAGGUCCUGGUUACAAUGAUAAUUGCCAACAAUAA